AAGUGGGGCCAGGCAGGGCCGGUCCUCGCUGUUCUGGGGCCCUACGCCGCCCCCCCCGGCCUCUGUGGGAAGUGGGGUGACCCAGCCCCAGUCUGCUCUGCUCCCCUGGCUCCCAGGCUUGGGGGGACCCGUCCCCACCCCCAGCACUCGCCGACAGGCUGCGCCGGGUCGCCCCACUCACCAGACCCAGGCGUCCGGGUGCAGGAACCUCGAGCCGUUGGGGCCCCCGCUCGCCGCGCUCCCCUGAGAUCAGCCGGACCCCGCCCCCCUCCGACACACCUGGACCGGUCCAGGGGGCCGGGUUAGGGGCAGAGCCCCCCGCCCCCCCUUUCUGAUCGGCCCCGCCCCCUUCCCGGACGGGCGGCAGGUCCCCUCCCCCCACCAUGUGGAGGUUGCCCGUCCUGCUCCUGCUGGGCCAGGCUUUCGUCUCCACCUUUGCCAGCCCCUCCCACAGGCAGCAGCCCCACACACCACUCGGGGGACAAGUGUUCCUGGGUGCAGAUGCCGCACAGGGAUUCUUGGGGCGCCGACUUCUCUACAAUCAUUGGGACUUCGAGCUGGUGACGCCGGGGAACCUGGAACGCGAGUGCUGGGAGGAGGUUUGCAACUACGAGGAGGCGCGGGAAGUCUUCGAGAACGACGUUGCAACAAAAGCCUUUUGGGACACUUAUCCCCACAAUGGGAAAGGCGGGAGCUCAGACAGCCCCGGUGUGGACGUGGCCGGGCUGGUGGCCGGGCUGGUGGCCGGGCUAGUUCUGAUGAUCAUGGUCGGUGUCAUUGCCAUGUAUUGGGUCAAGUACCGGUCCAAGGAGCGCAGGCAACGCAGCAUCCACGUGCCCCUGAAUCCCGAUGUGCCCCUGACCUGCCUCCCUGGCGACCCCAAGCCGCUGGGCCCCCCUGGGCUGCCCUCGUACCAGGAGGCACUGGAGGCGUCGGGUGUCCACGACGCGCCCCCCCCGCCCUAUCCCAGGGCUCCCAGCUCUUCUGCCCAGCCCCACUGAUCAGACCCACAGCCACUGGAUUGCUGCUACAUGUGUGUGUCGGGGGGCGAGUAUGCAUCCGUUGGACACAAUGAGUGUGUGGUGAAUGUGCGAGACAGUGAGUGUGCAAAGCAUGAAGUGAAAUGGGGUGAAUGUGCAGGUGUGAGUGUGUGAGGUGAGCGUGCAAGGUGAGUGUACAUGCAUGUGGCACAGGGUGCAUGCAAAGGGGUGUGCAAGGCAGGGGGCACAUGGGACUGGAGUGAGUGUGCACGGUUGGGGAGGUGCAUAUGAUGGGGCCGUGUAUGUAAGGCACGUGGAUGAAUGUGCCCGGGGUGUGUCUGUGUGUGAGUGUGAGACAUGAGGGUGCAGGUGAGUGUGUGAGGAUGGCGGGCAUAUGUGAUGGGGAGUGGGUAUGCAACAUAUGAGGGAUGUGUGUGAUGGGGAGUGGCUGUGCAAGAUGCACACUCGCUCUACUUCACACACCCCGUGUAAGAUAGGAAAUGUGAUGGGGAGCAAGUGUGUGAGAUAUUGGGGCAUGUGUAGUGUGGGACGAGUGUGCAAGGCUGGGGGCAUGUGCAACAGGGAUGGGUGUGUGUGUGCCAGACACGGGGGCAUGUGUGCCGGGGGUGGAUGGAUGAGUGAGAGACAGCGGGUCAAAGUGUGCAAGACACAAGUCUGUGUGGAGGAGUGAGGGGGCACGAGCAUGCUGGGUGAUGUGCACACAUGCGAUGGGGUGAGUGCGAGGAUGAAGCAAGCGUGUGACCCAUUGAGUGUGUGUGCAAGGCACAAGCGUGUGCUUGUGCUGUGAGUGGCGUCUGACAGUGUGGGGCACAGAGGAGCCAGCCAGGGAUGACGCUGACUCACCCGGUCCCCGUCCCCCUGGAUCCGGCUGCACCGGGGCUGGGACCCGCCUCCCGCGCCAGGAUUGUUGUCAGCGAAAUAAAG